AUGAACGCAACAACCACCAACGAGAACACUUUCAUCACCGUCUUUGUCCCAGUCCAGGUCCCAAUCACUUUGGCCAAGAAGCUAAACGCAACUUGCAACGCUGACAAUUUCAUUGUGUUGGACACUCCACUCCGUGUCAACAACAACCACGAGUUGAACGAGUUGGUCGCUUCGAUGUCCGCCUUUGCCACGGAGGGCCAAAUGUGUCCCACCGUCGCCAACACUGCCAACUCGUUGGUCACAAGUGUCAGCACCAGCACUACCACCGCCCACUCCACUACUCAUUGGACAACCACCUCUUUGGUCACCGCGGAGCACUUUGAAAGUUCCGCACAUCAUACCACGGAGACUGUUGCCAACAGUACAGUCAGGCUGGAAUGUCCAGAGAGCGUCUUCAUGGAGCAUCAAGUCCAGACACCGGAAACGAGUAGGACAAGCAGUGCAACAAGCACAAGCUGUGUUUUUGACAUGUCCGACGAACAUGCCGCUGCCAAGGCUUGUUUUGCCAAGGGCUCCUCUCUUCUUCGUGGCUGCAGCGAGCACCGCUUUGAGGGCGAGGGCACCGAGGGCACUGAGGGCAACCUACGUGUUUUGCAUCGACUGCGCUCCUCCUCACGUUCCUCGUCGUCCCGCCGCUCCUUUGACAGUGUUUGCUUUGUCAGAGGCUCCGAUAUCGGCUUUAUUAUUGUUCCUAGCCCUAUACGACGAGUUCCAGUUGUACCUCGACCAGACGUGCCAACAGUGUCAGCAGCAGCAGUUCCAUCAGCAUCAGCAGCGUCAGACUCUUUGGCAGUUUUACCACUUCCAGAUUGUUGUGAUUGUCUCUGGCAGAGCGAUAAGCAUCACUUUAAGAGUGGCUCCUACAUUGGGCUCGAGUGCUGCUUCUAUUACCAACAACAACAACAACCGUCUCAACAGCAGCAGCAGCUUAAACAAGUCGACCAGCGCAAUUACAGAAGAUCGUUGAGGAGACAACGUUCGAAUUCUACCGGCUCGUUAUUGACUACGACGUCGUGUAGGAUCCAUGAACUCGUACCCUGGAAUGACUGCAAGGACUCGCUCACUUCCAAGACCAGGAUAUCCACUUCCCAGCCGGCGACGCACACCACCGAGCAGGCUGACACCAUUUCCGCCUUUUGCCAGACGAACACGGCAUCGGUCGACACUGCAGAGGACGACCAGUGCUUCUUCGACUGGUUCGCCGACUUUAGCAUGCUCGAGGAGUCGACUGACAAGGCAGAUGCGGUGGUCACCAAGCGUCAGCCAAUGAUCACGUACCGCACAUUGGAGCAAUUCAUGCACAGCUUGGAGACCUGCCAGGAUGACGACAUGGAGGAGUGCUCGGCCCCGUGCACCAAGACCCACACAUACAACCGCCCCUCCGCCGCUCCGCGUCUCGCCAUCAAGUCCACCUGGUAUGUCUAUGGAAAUGCUCUGAACACUGAGUACUUCAACAACUGCAUGUUCGAUACGCACUGCGGCGACAUCAUCGUCGACCACUUUGAGCCCUUGGUCAACCAGCCCGACUUGUUCCUGUUGUCGAAUGGAGGUCGACGCAUCCUGGAGACACCCAACGCCGGAGGUAACUCUGUGUGGUCCGAGGUGUUGUCCUACGAAGUGCUGCACCAGGUGUUUGGUGCGCAGCUCAAGAGCACCGAGACUGAGAUCCAGUACUUGCCGGGCUCCAAGAUCACCGAUUAUUCCGUGACAUUCGACGGCCACCACAUUGGAGUCAGUGUCGUGAGAAUCAUCAACUUCUUUGAUCUCAUGGGCAAGAAGUACAAGGCGGUGUUCACCCCAGAGUACGCCAGACAGUUGCUCUACAAGAAGUUGUUUGGAGUAUUGGCUUCAUCCGAGGCUGUCAUUGACAAGUGGGAGAAGCAAAUUCUCUACAUAUGGACAACAUCGUCCACUGCUGCUGACAUCAUCGUCCAGGAGUACUGGAAGAUCCCCAAGAGAUUGAGGUCCAACACUUUGGUCUAUGUCACUCAUGCAACAAACUCUGAGUGGUUGUUCUGA